CUUGAUUUCGAUCUUAACGAAACCCCAUUUCCAUUUCAGCAGCCGUCACCACCACCGUAAAUGCAAAUGACGACGGAGACACGGCGGAUCUCCAGUGUACUUCCUGCAAACAAACAAAACCACAUGGGGAAAUGGUGGUGUGUGUAAAACACUUUCAUGUCAAGUGUUUAGGAAGUAAAAAUAGUCAUCAACAAGAAGAAGAAAAAGAAGAAGUAGAAGAAAUUGAGUGGAGGUGCGCCAAGUGUUCGAUGAAAUGCCGCAGUAAGAAAAAAUUGCGCAGAAGUGUUUCUGCUGGUGGUGUUGUUGUUGGUUCGGAUUCGGGUUUAUUAAGGGUUUUCGAUAUGAAUGCUUCUCCACCUAAAGAUUUUGAUGAUGAUGAUGAUGUUGUUGCUGAAAAUGUUGUGAAUUCUCAGCUGGAUUUGGCUGCCAAAAAAAUGCAGGAUAGGCUAGGUAACCCAUUUGUUGGAUGCACUUCAACUUCUUCAUACCCUCCUACAGAUAUGCAAACUGCACGGUUGAAUCUUGAUAUUGCAACACAAAAUGCAAUUUUAGUAUAUUCACAAGCACUUAAAGACUACAUAUCUGAGAGACGAGGUGUGCUAGGAGAUGGUUGGCAUGUAAAAUUUGAUUAUUCAGAAAGUUUCUGCAAAUCUUUUCCAAAUUAUUGUGCUCCUGAUGGAAGCAGAUUUAAAUCAAUGCCAGAAGUUGCUCAUUAUCUUGGUUUAUCAUCCGGCGGUGACUUGACAAACGAAAACAGUAAUAGCGUUGGAUUACAACAAAAUGGAUCGCAUGCUACUCCUAUAGAUAUAAAUGAUGGUUCAAGGUCACUAAGCAGGGUUAUUAAUGCUGGAAAUGAUGUGAUGGGGAAUGCUAACCAUGGGUCAGAGUCGUUUCUUGAUGGGUUUCCAGUUCAGUUUGAAAACUUCUUUGUUACGUCAAUUGGAAAAAUCGACCAACGGCCUCCAUUCCACAACACCUCCCAGAUCUGGCCCAUCGGUUACAGAUCCAUCUGGCAUGAUAAGCUUACCGGGUCCCUUUUCAUAUUCAAUAUUUUAGACGGCGGUGAUCGUGGCCCAAUAUUCAGAGUAAACCGGUAUCCAUGUACAAAACAGUCAAUCCCAAAUCCUUCAACAGUGAUCUACAAGCCAAAAUGUGGGCCGACUGAUGAGAUAUCCAACUGUUUGAUGACACAAUCUGCAUUCUCUUUUCAAGAGAGUCAACACUUGCCUUCUAAUAACUUCAAAAACGGCGAUCUAAUUGGCGAGUUUUCUGUAGAGGGGAGAUCACCGUCAUCUGCAUGGAAAAUGGCUUUAGAAACUUUACUACUUGCAUGCCACCAAGCUUUUCAAGAUAUAAAAGUCUUAGAAUUUUUCUGUAAUCAUAGUAUUGAAAGUCAACACUGUUCUGAUUCAUAUAAUAUUGAUUCACUAGACAGAUUUGGCUGUCUGUCUGGUCAAGUUAACAGCAUCCCAAGCUUAAUCUUAAAUACAGAGCAACUUGAAGUUUCUUGUAUGACGCUGAGGAGAUGGUUACAAAUGGACAGAUUUGGUUUGGAUGCAGAAUUUGUUCAAGAGCUCAUUGAAAAGCUUCCUGAGGUUGCAGAUUGUUCAGAAUAUAAGUCAUUGGAUGUCAGAUGUCAAAGUUCGAUUGUUCAUACUGUUAAAAGCGGAUUUUUUUCCGUUCUUAGGAAAUAUCAUUCACAGCCAAUGGUAUCAGACAGUCUCACGGAAAGUGGCAGAAGACUCGGUCCACCUGGCAACGCAGUUGCCUCGAAUGUUCCUCCAAGUUUAAUGGGGAAUGUGCUCCAGGCCUAUGAGUUCUGCUUGCGAUUUUAUGAUGUAUUGGGUCAAGAGGCACCUCUCUCUCGACAGACUCUGGAAUAUGAGUUAUUGAAUCCGUGCGUUGGUGGUUUUAAUUUACUGAAGACUGGAAGCAUUAAGCUGCAUGAAGGCAACAAUAUAGAAGAUCUUAUCUCAUCUGCUGCAGUUCACCCUGAUGCAGCAAAAGAAUCUGAGGGAGUUGGUUCUCAAUCACUAUUAACAAACUUUCACAUGGCAAUGCUAAAGGUGAUAGUGGAAGAUAUACUGGCAAAAGUUGUUAUUAGUGAACCUUCUGGUGCCAUGGAAUCCAAAGCGAGGAAAGGUAGAAAGAGAAAUGCGGAUAUGAAUAUGUCUCACAAAAAGAUAAGUAUUGGUCUAUUUCCUGUUACUGAGAUUACAUGGCCAGAAUUAGCCAGAAGAUAUAUUUUGGCUUCAUUGUCCAUGGAUGGCAAUCUUGAAGAGUUAGAUAUCACGAGCCGUGAGUUCGUUGAAGUUUUCCGCUGCUUAAAUGGUGAUGGCGGUCCACUUUGUGGUUCUCUCAAGGGAAUGGCUGCAAUCGAGGCUGAUGCAAUGGUUUUAGCUGAGGCAUCAAAGAAAGUUUUUUCUUCUGUGAAGAGUAAAGUUGUCGACUUCAUUAUAGAUAAAAAUGAACUUAAAAUUAACAACUCUUCCAUAGAAUCCAAGAGAUCUGCUUCUAAAUGCCUUGAUUGGAUUAAGGUUCUAGAACCGAUUAGAAAGCAACCGACAAAUGUGGGAGCAAAAAUAAGAAACCAAGUCAAAUUAUCAUUAGGCCUCAGUCCACCCGAGUGGGCAGCAAAGAUGUUGUUAGAGUCUAUAAGCAAAGAAGUCUACAAGGGUAAUGCAGCGGGACCCACAAAGAAAAUUGUAGUUGAGGUUCUUGAGAAAGUGAGAACUGAAAAUCCCCAAACUCAGAAGAAAUCAAAAGAAAGUCAUGAUGUAAGGACUGUAUCUGAUGUCAUAAUGAAACGUUGUCGUAUGGUGCUGCGUGCUGUUGCUGCUGAAAAUACAAACAAAUCCAUUUUUGGUCCCAUGGCAGAAUCUCUCUUGAAACCUCAUGAAUUUGAUGAUGUUGCAAGUACUGCGACAGUUUCACGACCGUUGGAUUUCCGGAUCAUUGAUCUUAGAUUGGAUGCGGGAUUCUAUGGUUAUUCACAUGAAUCUUUCAUUGAGGAUGUUCGUGAGGUUUGGCAAAAUUUACGUAUGGCAUAUCGGAACUAUCCUAAGUAUCUUGACUUGAUUGACUCAGUUUCUAAAAAUCUCGAAAAUCUGUAUGAACAAGAGGUACUCACAUUCAUCUCCAAAACCAUCGAGUAUACAAAUUCUCCCAGCGCAUUCUCUGAUGAUUUAAAGAAUGAGCUAUACAAAAUGGUUGCAGACACUAUCAUGAACACACUUUUUGUUGCUCCAUGGGAAGACAGAAUUUGUAAAGUGUGUGGAAAGGAUGAAAACGAUCAUAUCUUGCUCCUUUGUGAUAGAUGUGAUGCUGAAUAUCAUACAUACUGUUUAGAUCCUCCACUUCAAAGGAUCCCAAAAUCAAGUUGGUAUUGCCCUCCUUGUAUCGCUUUCAUUACAAGUCAACCCCCGAAGAAGAAGGAAAUUCAGAGAGAGUUUACUAGAAAUGAUUUAGAGGCGUUGGUGGAUUUAGCAGAUAAUAUGAAGUCAAAGGAGUAUUGGGAACUAGGUGUUCAGGAGAGGACUUUCCUUUUACAAUUCUUGUGCGACGAGGCAUUAAGUUCGACUCUUAUUCGGAAUCACAUUAGCGCAGAUAAUUGUGAUCGUAAUAGGAACUACUUGGGCCAAGAUUCGGCUGGAAGAAUAUACUGGGUUCUUGGCCAGCCCGAAAGGCUGUUUGUUUCUGGCCCACAUAGAGAAGAUGAUGUUUGUGUAGCCUCUGGGGGUUCUUCAUCUGGAGAAUCUGAUUCUUGGAAUUGCUAUGAAUUGGAUGUUGAAAUUGAGGCUCUGGUUGAAUGGCUGAGAGAUGACGAUGCAAGAGAGAACAUGUUAAAAGAAACGAUUAUAAAUUGGCAAAGAAGCAAAGCAAAUGAUCAAAAUGGUCAAUUCGAUUUGCAGGUUAAUCCCUCCAGAUCAUCUGUUUAUUGCACAAAUUCAAGGGCAGCAUUGGAAAAGAAGUUUGGUUCAGUUUUAGGAGCAAUUAGAGAUUAUGAGGGUAGAAUUCUCCAACAGGGGAAAGUAUACAGGUGUGAUUGCUUGGAAUUAGUGGAGUCUACUCGGCAACACUGUUUCUCAUGCCACUCGACAUUUUUUAGUAAUGAGGUGCAUCAAUGUGAUGGUCCUUUAAAAUUGAAAGACGCUGUAGAUACUCUUGGGAAGCAGUUUACUUUGACUAAUGGGCUGGUUUUGUCAAAUGAAAACCCAUUAUCUGUUUCCAAAGAUUCUCUUCAAGAUAAUAACAAUGAGUCAUCAUGUGAGGCUGGCAUGUCAAACACUAAAAGUAUAGGUGGAAAAAUUCCCUCUACUUCCAGAACAUUAGCUGGGAGAGCUGCUGAAAUCUUUUCUUGUCUAAAAGUUAUUUUACUGGAUAUCGAAGCCGCUCUUCCUAGAGAAGCUUUUAGACCGUCAAGAGGAGACCCAGAUAAAUUACGAGGUUGGCGGGCAUUUCUUAAAUCGGCACAAUCAAUUUAUGAGAUGGUACAAGCAACUAUUAUCCUAGAGGACAUGAUCAAAUCCGAGCACCUGAAAAGGGAUUGGUGGUAUUGGUCCUCGCCUUCAGCAGCAGCUAAAAUCUCAACGGUUUCUUCUCUCGCUUUACAAAUCUAUGCCCUUGAUGCCGCCAUCUAUUAUGAGAAGCCACCUUCACCACCUCCUGUAGAUCUUACAGAGCCUAUAGUUCAAGAAGAUUCCAAGGCAAAGAGAGAAACACCAAAGAAGUCAAACCUGAAGAAUAACUCAAAGGCAAGCAACUCAACAAUGGUGGCACUGUUUAAUGAUCUAGAACCCUCUAAAAUCUCAAAUUCUAAAAUUAAACGGAAGAAAAAGAAAGUUGAAGUUAUGGCUCCCCAUGAUGCAUCCAUCUGUCACGAGAAGCCACCUCCGCUUUGGCCCGUGGACCCAACAGAGCAGCUCUCAAAGGGAGAAGCUCCCAAAUUGUCAAACCCCAAAAACCACCCAAAGCCAAACAGCUCAACAAUGGCGGGGAUGUCUAAUGAUUUGGAACCCUUUAAGAUUUCAGGUUCCAGAGACAAACCGAAGAAAAAGAAGCUUAAAGUUUCAGUUCUCCAUGAUGCUGGCAUCUUUAAUGAGAUGAUGCCUCGACCGCCACUGGUAUACCCUAUAGAGCCAGAACAUUUGAAGCCAAAGGGAGAAGCUUUCAAAGAGUCAAUACCCCAAAACAACCCAAAGCCAAGCAACUCAAAAAUGGCGGUAGUGCCGAAUGAUCCAGAACCGUCUAAAUUUUUAAGUUUCAAAAACAAAGCAAGAAAAAAGAAGCUUGAAGUUUCAAGUGAUUAAAGAAGUUGCCAAAAAGUUGAUGUUCUCUUCAGAUUUGUAUAUGGUAUAAUUAUGGAAUUUCGAAGAUAGUUUGACUGACCUGACCUGACCUGACCUGAUGAACCACCAUAUAGGGGUGAAACAUGACCCAAGUCACUGACUCAGAGCUUUUCCGGUUAAGCUAGUUUGACAGUCCUAUGAUUCAGACUCGUUUGCCUGCAACACAUAGAACUGUUGUUGUUGUAGAUUGGUUAAGUCUUUUUCUAAAUAUCCUAUAUUAGAUAGAAAUGUAAAACCCUUGAUUUGUUGUGAUCUCUUUCUUUUCAAAUUGAUUCCGGGGUUUUUAAAACAUGUGAAUCAAAGAAACUUAAAAGAAGUUUAAACUUUCAAACA